UCUACAGUAAUCAUUCAGUAUCUUCUACUUGUUCAUUUGUGAUAUACACGUUUCGUUCUUCAAAUUAACCAUAAUGUCUGGUCGUGGUAAAGGUGGCAAAGUAAAGGGAAAGUCAAAGACUCGUUCGUCUCGUGCCGGAUUACAGUUCCCGGUUGGUCGUAUCCACAGACUGCUCCGCAAAGGAAACUAUGCUGAACGUGUCGGAGGUGGUGCUCCAGUCUACCUGGCCGCUGUCAUGGAAUACUUGGCUGCCGAAGUCUUGGAAUUGGCAGGCAAUGCCGCUCGUGACAACAAGAAAACUCGUAUCAUCCCGAGACAUCUUCAAUUGGCCAUCAGAAACGAUGAAGAAUUAAACAAAUUGUUGUCCGGUGUUACCAUCGCCCAAGGUGGUGUGUUGCCGAACAUUCAAGCUGUUCUCUUGCCGAAGAAAACCGAAAAGAAAGCUUAAGUUAUUAAGCUUGAAAAUUCAAUUAAAACGGCCCUUUUCAGGGCCAACAAUUUGAAUUUCUUCACUUUAUGUGUAAAAUGGUAAAGCGUUUAAAAUUAUUGGAUUAUGCUAGUUCAACUGAUGUUCAGCUGAUAAGAUCCUUCAUUCAAUCGAACUUUCGAACAUUCUCUUGUUAAUCAUUGUUCAGCGAGAUAGAUCAAUGUUUUAGAUUCAAAGUAAUCAAACUCGUCAUAGAACGAUAAAGAUUAAUCUUUCGUCAUUAUUACAAAAAGUACCAAACCUCUUGUGCGAAAAAGUAAAAAUACACACACGUAGGAUAACCUUUCAAUUGGUUUUAAAGCACAAUGGAAAUUGGAAUAAUUAAAAUUCCUAGGAUGAAUGUAGUUGUAGUUCUAGUUCUUUAAUAUGAUAGUUUAAUUGAAAUGAAAGAACAUUCAAUUUUUUUUGAAGUGACAAAUUUCCAAUUUUUCAUUUUAAUCGAUCUAAUUCUUGACUCCCAUAAUGUACCAAUUUUAAUGUGGUAAGAGAGAGAGAGAGACUUUAUUUAUUGUGCAGAAUGCUAACAAAUCUUUCAUAUUCAUUCAUCCUCAAUUUCCCUUAACCCUUACACUCCUCAUUAAAUUUCACUUUGAAGUAUUAUAUAAUCUGAAAUAAAUCUAACUCAUAUUUUUCAUAUUUCAUAUUUUGUUUUUACCCAGUUCGAAACCUUGUCUAAGUACUUGCAACGCAACGUACACGAUACAUUGUACUUAUGAUCGUUUCAGAAAGAUCCUGUUGAGCAUUGUUUUUUUUUCACCAUCCAUUCCAAUUAUGUAGUUUCAAAAAAUGAAUAUUUUAUUAUACGAGUACUUACAUAAACAUUACGACGUGAAAUAUUCCCUCAGCUGAAUAAAAGUACACAUAUCUCUUUACUCCUCUCAGUUACAAUGGAUACACACAGGCACAACCGUAUGAAAAACGAAAAAUAAAAUUCUUUAUUGCAGAUAUUUAUAAUAAAUUGUUUGAUAACCUCGAGCACCCCAAUCAAUGAGUCCUAUUAUUUCUACGAUCAGUCAAUCGUCAACAAAAUAUUGAUUUAUUAUCGAAACAAUACAUCGGUGAUUCGCCAUUAGACUAGGAAUCUCAAUAUAAAAUAUUUCAUUAGGUACCAAAAAGUACAUAACAUAUUUGAACGUACAUUACCACAUUCAUCUAAAUAAAAUUACAAACGAAAUAUUUUUGUACAAAACAUUUUUCACAUUAUUUACACAACUUAUUCUAAGGCUUGAAACAUAAUUACAAAAUACAAAUGCUAUAAAAGUAGUACUCAUUUCUUGCAACAGUGCGAAAUUUACGUAGUUAUAUAAAACUUGUAGGUAGCGAUGAUUUGUACGCUUAUUGAAAUAUUUUUUCCCGUUUAUUAUGCGUGGUAUGAGCUAUUUUCUGAUAUGUUAUCAUCUACUGAAACGAACAUUUCGCGAGUUUUCAAAUAUUCACUGACACGAAUGCAAUAUCGUAAAGAAACUACAACAGGAAUCCUUGAAAAUAAUUGGUAAAGAUUAUUUUCGACUUUGUAGGGUAUUCGACAGCCAAUCCAUCGCUUCGUCGAGACCUUCUCCUUUUUUAGCUGAUGUUUUGAAUAUUUGAAACGUCCUGUUUCUUAACGUAUCCAAUCCUAAUGAUUGAUGUACUUCAGAUAAGCUCAUACAACCGUCGAUGUCUUGUUUGUUCGCUAGCACAAGUAAAAUAGCAUUUUCUAAUUCUUCCUCC